GUGCUCUCGUUGGGUAGUAGGUUGGCGAAUCCUCCAGAACUUGAGCUUUCCGCAUCCUCCGACCGAGACGAGGCAGAAACCUUCCUCGAUCUCCCCUUCCCCUUCCCUCGCUGUAAUUCCAUCUCCGUCUCCAUCUCGUUCCCACCACGCCGCUCCCUGUCGCGGUGUCGCCAUUGCCCCGGCUUCCAAGCAAAAUCCCGCUUGCCUCGCCCCAAGCAUUCCUGCUUUCACCCGGCCGCCACUCUUCCCCAGUCCCCGCCACUCAAGGAAGGCGGAGGAUUUUAUCUAGUCUUGCAGCGCGGCCGUCUCCGUCCCGCCUUCUGCGCCUCCUGUGGCGUUUGGAGCAUCUUCCAAUUUUAAGCUGACACUACUUGAACUUAAUGCGGCUCUACGCACCUGCGCUCUGUCUGCUGCGAUCAAGCACACAUCCCCACCCUAAUCAGUUCCGUGCAGGAUUCACGCAGAGCAUGGCCUCCUGGAAGUGCUCGCACUCGCCGUCAAGCCCGUACCUUGCGAAGUCGGGUUUAGUCGAUUCUUCUCUUAACAGGAAUGUAAAGUCUUCUCAGCCACAAAGUAUAAAAUACUUUGUCAGCUUAAUGGGCCAGCAGUUCCGUUGCGGAUUGUCAACCAGGGAGGGUAGCCUAAGUGUAAAGCUUGACAUUCCUUCACACGAAAAAUCAAGGAUAGGCUGGAACUGGAAAAACAUGCAUCAAAAGAUAGGAGGUGUAGCUGGUGGACUCUGCUUUGGUUUCUCGGUUACUGGAGUAGCAAGUGCCGAGGUUCCUAUCAUUAGAGUCAAAGACAAUGCCGAGACUUCGUCAUCAUCUACCAGUUCAACUCAUGGAAAGGAAGUGUACACAGAUUAUUCUGUCACAGGUAUUCCUGGAGAUGGAAGGUGUUUAUUCCGCUCCGUGGUGCAUGGUGCAUGCAUUAGAUCAGGGAGACCAAUACCUAAUGAAGAUCUUCAGAGAAAACUAGCUGAUGAAUUGAGAGCAACGGUCGCAGAUGAAUUUGUCAAGAGGCGGAAAGAGACCGAAUGGUUCGUUGAGGGGGAUUUUGAUACAUAUGUAUCCCAUAUUAGGGAGCCACAUGUGUGGGGAGGCGAGCCAGAAUUGUUCAUGGCGUCCCAUGUUCUUCAGAUGCCAAUAACGGUUUACAUGCGCGACGAGGAUGCUGGCGGUCUGAUAGCAAUCGCAGAGUAUGGCCAGCAGUAUGGUAAAGAAGACCCAAUCCAAGUCCUGUAUCAUGGUUUUGGCCAUUACGACGCUCUACAGAUCCCAGCAAAGGUUGGAUCGAAGAGGAAACUGUAGACGCUGCGCGCCGCGAGCUUGAGGUGCAUUCGUUGGGCAACCAUCUAACCUCCUACUACUACAGAGAAAAUUCGGAAACAAUAAGCUGCAUGCAUGCAUGCAUUGAGAUGUGUACCUGUACAAAAUGUCAAUCCAAGCUUCGGAUGCUGAAUCUGUACACCAUGCCCUGAAAACCGCACUUGUGUAGUUUGUGUGACUGGUACAGUAGAAGAUAGAAGGGGCGCCGGGGACCCAUUUACCAUACUCUGAUGACUGCAAGUACGUUCAUUUAGAGUGAAGUAAGCUACACAGCUCACCAGUUGGUCCAGACGUCCAGUGAGCGUACAUGUUUUGAAUGAGGGGCAUGUGGAGAGCACAUAGACAGUUGAGUCCGGCACUCUCCUGGAUCGGAAUUGAAUUUUAUUUGCAGCAUAAUCAUGUGUGGUUCUCCAACUGAA